CUAAAAAAAAAAAAAGUGAGGAAAAGUCAUGUUGGGGUUAAACAGGAUUCCCAGUCUCCGUGCAGCUCAGAUUCAGCGCUGUGGUUCGCCGGCGGGAGCUAGACUCUCACCCCGAUCUUCUUCAUGCCAGAACGCCGGUGCCAGUUCGAGGAUUUAUUGCGCGUGUCUGUUGUUGCUGCUGCUUGUGACGCCUCGGGUGGACUCCUCAUGGUGGUAUAUCGGCGCACUCGGUGCCCGUGUAAUCUGUGACAACAUCCCCGGCCUGGUGAACAAGCAGCGGCAGCUUUGCCAACGCCACCCUGACAUCAUGCAGGCAAUUGGGGAGGGAACCAAAGAGUGGAUCAGAGAGUGCCAGCACCAGUUCAGACACCAUCGAUGGAACUGCAGCACACUGGACCGUGACCACACUGUCUUUGGACGUGUCCUGCUGAGGAGCAGCCGUGAAGCAGCAUUCGUCUAUGCCAUCUCCUCAGCAGGAGUAGUCUACGCGCUCACUCGAGCCUGCAGCCAGGGGGAGCUGAGGACGUGCAACUGCGACCCACACAAACGCGGACGAGAUAAAGACGAUAGAGGAGAAUUUGACUGGGGUGGCUGUAGCGAUAACAUCAACUACGGGAUAAAAUUUUCCAAAACCUUCAUAGAUGCCAAAGAGAGAACGGUCCGAGAUGCUCGGGCACUCAUGAACCUACACAACAACCGCUGUGGCAGAACAGCGGUGAAGCGCUUCAUGAAGCUGGAGUGUAAAUGUCACGGAGUGAGCGGCUCUUGUACGCUACGGACAUGCUGGAAUGCUAUGUCAGACUUCAGGAAGACGGGUGACUACCUGAGGAGAAAAUACAACGGGGCUAUCGAGGUGAUGAUGAAUCAAGAUGGGACAGGUCUCACUGUAGCUAACAAGGACUUCAGGAAGCCUACCAAAAACGACCUGGUGUACUUUGAGAGCUCCCCGGAUUACUGCCUGCAGGACAAAGCAGCAGGUUCCCUGGGCACAGCCGGACGGGUCUGCAAUAAGACAUCGCGCGGCACAGACGGCUGUGAGGUCAUGUGCUGUGGGCGUGGCUACGACACCACGAGAGUCAAGCAAAUCACCAAGUGCGAGUGCAAGUUCAAGUGGUGCUGCUCUGUGGAGUGUAAGGACUGUGAGGAAGCUGUAGACAUACACACGUGCAAGGCUCCCAAACGAGCUGAAUGGCUGGACCAGACCUGAGGACACGCCCCCUACGCUCCCUGCAAUGCAACCCCGCCCCUUUCCCCUGUGCAGGAUAUCCUGUGGAACACGGCAUUCUGGGAAAGUUUGUCCAAAAGUGCUCUGCAUCUCCGCCUUCCCCUUUCCCGCAACCUCGACUCAAUGCAUGGCUUUUCUCCCCGUCUCUGUGAAAGCACUAGAAUUCAGUACCCGUCAAUAUGAAUUAAUACCCAUUAGCCCCUGUUUGUGAACGGCCCUGAGACUGAACUGCUGGGAUCAGAUGAACAGUGAUACCACCUUUGGGGUUCAGGUGGGUUAGGCUUUCACUGAAGACUCAGUUGUUGGGUUGAAAUGGUUUGCUGCUUUCAUGAUGCUUUAAAGACGAAUUUUGACAUUAACUGAGCCUUCAGACAUAUCCAGUAUUAUUACAACAACAUCAUAUACUCACAUAACGUUGCUUCGUUUUGGGGGAAACACACUUUUACCUAAAAAAGAAAACGAAAAAAAGAAUACUAGGUUGGACUUGGUAAGUGCAAUUUGAGUGGACAUCUGAGUGUAAGUUUGGCUGUGUGCGGCCAAGCAGUCCAAACAGAGGACUAACAGACGACGGAGACACAGACAUUGUGUUAUUGGAACUUUGAAUGCGACUGCGAAAACCAAAAAACAGAAGAAGAAGGAAAAAAAAGCUGUUUAAAGCGAUUUAUUUAAGCUGUAAAGUGCUGUUUGGUUUCUCUUUCGAGGAAGACGCUGCACUACAUUGGCUGACAAAAGGAGAGAGAAGAG